AUGCCGCGCAGGAAAGCCGCCGACCGUACGGGGCCGGUAAAAACCCGGUCUCGUAGCGGCUGUCGAGAAUGCCGAGCUAGUCGAUUACGGUGUGACACCAAAAAACCCGUCUGCACGCGGUGUUGGCAGAAAGGGCUGCCAUGCUCCACGAACAUAGAGCUCAAAUGGGAGUCCGAGUUUGCCAGCCGGGGCGUUGCCUUUGGCCGAGCGGGAGUCUGGAGUAAAACCCCAUCGGACGGAACGACUUCUUCUGUGAUCUCUUCCGUGGAUGAUAAUCGCCAGUGGUGUCUAUUACCGCAAAUCCAGCCAUGGGGGUUCGUCAACAGCGGAGUGGGCACAUUUGAAACCCCCAAUGAGGUGGAUGUAGUCUCAAAUGAACAGCAUGGGGUUUCCCUGACCUAUCGCACGGUAUCAAAAAAUGCCCUCCUUGCAUCAAGACUCGAUCCCGGCCCUGCGCCAGCUCUGUCACUAUUCCCGCAGGCGACGCAACUUGGCCAUCGGGAGCUUCUUGACUAUUAUCUUCAGCAGGUGUGCCCUCGUACAAGCGCGAGUUCCACCAUGUCUUCGCCAUUUGCCUCUGUAAUUUUGCCUUUCAGCGUAUCCGCUUCACCGACGCUGUUUAAAUCCAUCCAAGCGCUAGGUGCAUGUCACCUGGCCCGAGUUAAUCCUUCAUACUCCCCUCUUGGACUUCGCUUGAAGUCUGAAACAUUAAGGGAUCUUCGACGCCGUUUAUCCAGCGAAGGGUCGUUGACAUGUUCAGUGGACCCGGAGGUGCUGGUGAUCAUGAUGAUGCUAUGCCUCUAUGAGAUUGCAGACAAAUGUGACCAGCAAUGGACAAUUCAUCUCAAAGGUGCCAAAGCUUUGAUUCGACAGAGGAGACAAUGGGCCCUUACACCUCCGGAAACUCCAGAUGCGUCCCAUCCAGCCUCAGCCUUUGCAGAGCAUUUCUUUGCUUUUCAAGAUGUUAUGGGCCGAACUGCCUGCGCCAAGGAAGUUUUGUUUGGGAGUGACUACUGGAGAGCGGAUGAUCGCAAUAUCGAUCUGUGGAUGGGGUGCAGUCCUGAGUUAGUCUCCAUUCUCUCUAUCAUUACCGACAUGAGCCGUGAUCGGCGACGGCUUGAUUCCGAUGAUGAUCGAAAUUCUUUCCACCAACGUGCCGCAUCCAUUAAAUAUCAACUGGAGAAUUUGAUCCAGGAGGUUGGAGAUGGUGACGGGGAUGAUGAUGCACUUGCGUCCGCUGCAGAGGCCAAGCGGUUAGCCGCCCUUCUUUAUUUGCACUGUGGGCUGUAUGGGGCCAGUCCCACUACCCCCCUGGUGAUGGACUACGUGCAUCAGAUUCUCCAAUUAAUAUCUGACCAGUUGAAUCGCGGUCCUCUGAUCAGUGUAACAUGGCCUCUAUUUGUCGCAGCCGUCGAACUCGAUCCAUCAAAUGAUGAGCUCUGGUCGGCCCCUGAUAAGCAUAAGCCUGUGUCUGGCCGGUCGAUCAUACUACAGGCCCUCGCCGCAAUGGGUGAAUCCACUAUCUCCAAUAUUGCUCGAACCCGGGCAGUUAUUGUUCAAGUCUGGCAGGCCCGUGAUCAAAAUCUGCUAAAGGCGCCGCAGAUGAAGGGACUGAACGAUUGGGAGUGUUAUGUGGUGCCUGUGAGUGAUGCUAUGAGCCUGGCAUAA